AUCCCAAUCUCUCAAUCUCUCCUUUAUAACCAUAUUGAAGAAUAAGAUAAAUACAGGAUAUAACUAUUAAAGUUUGGAGAUGGAAGAAGCACAGAUGCCUGUUUGGGAAGGGUAUGUGGAUUGGAGGAACAAGCCAGCCAUCAAAGGUCGUCAUGGUGGCAUGCUUGCAGCUUCCUUUGUUUUAGCUGCGGAGGUGUUGGAGAACCUAGCGUAUCUUGCCAAUGCAAGCAACCUUGUUUUAUAUCUGUCCAAGUUUAUGCACUUUUCACCAUCCACCUCUGCCAACAUUGUCACUGAGUUCAUGGGCACAUCCUUCCUCCUUGCUAUUCUUGGCGGGUUUCUGGCUGAUGCCUUUAUCACUACUUAUUCCAUCUAUCUCAUAAGUGCUGCUAUAGAAUUCAUGGGCUUACUAAUGCUCACGAUACAAGCACACAAGCCAUCACUCAAACCACCAAACUGCGUUAUGGGAAUCACCGACAAUCCAUGCCAUAAAAUUUAUGGUGGGGACUCAGUUAUGCUAUUCGCAGGCCUCUAUCUAGUGGCUCUGGGCGUAGGGGGUAUAAAAGGUUCACUUCCUCCUCAUGGGGCUGAGCAGUUUGAUGAGAAUACCCCAGAGGGAAGGAAGCAGAGAUCUUCAUUUUUCAAUUACUUUGUUUUCAGCCUGUCAUGUGGAGCAUUAAUUGCAGUAACUUUUGUGGUAUGGAUCGAAGACAAUAAGGGAUGGCAGUGGGGUUUAGGAGUCUCAACUGCUUCAAUACUUCUCUCCAUCCCAGUUUUUCUUCUUGGUUCACCCAAGUACAGGACCAAGAUUCCAACGGGAAGCCCCAUUACAUCCAUGUUCAAGGUUCUUGUUGCAGCAAUAUGCAACAGCUGCAAAUCCAGGAAUUCGAGUAAUGUUGUCAUUAGCAUGGCCACAAGUCCGUCCCAUACAACUGAAAGGGAAGAUGGAGAAGAAUGUAAGACCAGAAAAGAGGUUGUAGGCCAAAGUCUAACCGAGAGCCUUAAAUUCCUUAACAAAGCAGUGAUAGAACCAGUUCACCCAAUGUUAGAGUGCACAGUGAAGGAAGUGGAAGAGGUGAAGAUUGUGAUAAGGAUUCUUCCCAUAUUUAUGUCCACCAUAAUGCUAAACUGUUGCCUAGCUCAGCUAUCUACCUUCUCAGUCCAACAGUCAGCCACUAUGAACACCAUGCUUGGUUCCUUCAAGGUCCCACCAGCUUCUCUACCAGUGUUCCCUGUCGUCUUCAUCAUGAUCCUUGCCCCACUCUACAACCACAUCAUUGUUCCAUUUGCUAGAAAAGUAACCAACACCGAAAUGGGGAUCACACAUCUACAAAGAAUAGGGACAGGCCUAUUCCUCUCCAUUGUGGCAAUGGCUGUGGCAGCUUUGGUGGAAACCAAGAGAAAGAAAACAGCUGCAAAGUUUGGUUUGUUGGACACAACCAAACCCCUCCCAAUAACAUUCCUUUGGGUGGCCUUACAAUACAUUUUUCUAGGUUCAGCUGAUCUUUUCACUUUGGCCGGCAUGAUGGAGUUCUUCUUCACAGAGGCAGCAUGGAGCAUGAGGUCCUUGGCAACAGCACUCUCAUGGGCCUCACUGGCCAUGGGGUACUUCCUCAGCACAGUUCUUGUGUCCACCAUCAACAAGGUCACAGGAGCUUUUGGACAUACACCAUGGCUUUUGGGUGCCAACUUGAAUCAUUAUCACCUUGAGAGGUUUUACUGGUUGAUGUGUGUUCUCAGUGUAAUCAACUUCAUUCAUUUUCUCUUCUGGGCCAAUUCCUAUAAAUACAAACACUCUCCAAAGCCUGGAUACUAGCUAGAACACACCUACGUACAUACAUAUACUGCUUCUUGUAACAUGAUAACUUUCCUUCCUACUUUCUGGUCGCACCCAAAUGACCAGAUAAUUAGCAAGCUUCAUGUCCAUGCAUACACCAAUUGCUUCCACUCUACUAUUACUUCGUGCGAUGUUUCCACUUUUAAUUUUAAAUAAAUUAAUCC